UCCACUGGAGAACGCACACACACAUACUCUCAAACACUCGGUCACACACACACAGUCAGAGCCGAGAAGAGGAGCUCUCCUCCUGAUCGGUGCCAGACGCACGGUCGACUUUUUGUUUUUGCGCGAGUUUUACUACGUUUUAGUUAAGUUUUUUAUUUUUUAUUUUAUUUUUUUAUUAAGAAUAAUACUUUGGUGUCAAGUUUGGAUUUUCUUUAAAUUUGUGGUUGAUUUGUCACGCCUCUUUGGAAUAUAUUUCGGGAUUAAAGGUGGAUACUUCACGACGCGCAGAAGUCAUCUUGAAAAAGUUCGCCCAGCAGGAUUGUUUCUUUUCGACGCAGGAGCGCGCAACUUGUCAGUGCGACUUCGUCUGGGGUGUUUCUUUGACUUGAGUCGUCCCAGAAAUGGUGGGGCACCUACAUUUACAAUCGAUGGAUGAUAGCCUGAAAGGAAAGAACCGGGAAGGGCUGCUCGACAGUCCGGAUUCGGGGUUGCCUCCCAGUCCCAGUCCGCCCUUCUGCUCACUCUCUCCGGGUCUGAUCGAGUCGCGCUCCGGCAGCUGCACGACGCCCGUCGAAAGUCAUCAUGGAUAUUAUAAAAAGGAAAGCAGAGAAGGCAAACUGCUGCCCUACCUGCUGCUGAACUCCACCGGCACAGACCCAAAGACUCGCAUGCACCCCGUGUUCUUCGGAGAAAGCAUUGAGGUCAACCCCAAACCAGAGCAGGAAAUCAAGUGCAACUCCGAGGUCAAGUACGACUCCGACAAGCACUACCGGGACCAGGUCUACUGCGCCCCUGUUCCCAUGCCCACUUCCUUCAGCGAGACAGUGGUGGCUGUGCGAAACUGCACUUGGAAGAGCUAUAAGUCCCAGGUGUAUCUGGAGCCGCGGCAGAAACCUAUCAGCUACCAGAGCACCACCAUUAUCUACCCGAAACACGCCAAGAACACUUACCGCACCACGCUCAACUACAACGCCACGGGCUCCCGCCGCUGGUUUGUGUCCACAGUGCAGCUGGAGUCGAGUGAGGAUACUAGUCCCUGUAUCAUCUACACAGAGGACCUGUAGGGCCCAGACCACACAGGGAGAGGGCUACCUGGUGAUCAUUCUAUUUGUUUUGGAGGACAAGGAACUUGGGAAGGCCCGCAUUGAAAGGGAAAUACUUCAAGUAAUACCCGGAGCCCCUAAAAACCCUACUCUGUUCAUGUAUACUCGCCAUGGAGGAAACUCUGGGAACCCUUUAGUGACAUUUCCCCUGAGUGUUUUUAGACUUUCUACUGAUGCAGUCUUUAAAAAAGGGAGUCUGUCCUCUGGCAGUUUAAAGCUGCACUUCAAUGGUUAAUGUCUUAUUUAAUACAAGAGCUGACAAAUUGGUGGCCUUUGCGUUCUUUCAGGUUGGAUUGUAACCUCAGUGAAGGUAACAGACUGUAGACAUCUGUGUAUGUAGAGAAACGCCAAGAUGACACGUGUGGUGGAUUUCAGCCGAGCCUGCACAAACCCAUUCACACCAAUGCAAAGCUUUCUAAUAUGGCUCUGUUGCACUUGUUUUCUAUAUAUCACAGUCGUCCCAGUGGACUUGGCUAGAUGGGGAGAUUUCAGAACUGCAUGAAAAAUUGGACCAAAGAUAGUUGGAACAGUUUAUCUCUUUGUAAUAACUCCACACACAGACAUAACACUUGGUUUUGUUGUACAGUUUUAAUUAACACACAUUCAAACAGCAGCUUGUGUAGUUUGAUCAAGCAUUUAAUUAAACUCAACUGCACAUUGCCAGGUGUCUGUAGAAUUACAGAUCACAGCACAACAAAAACAGACUGCCUUGAGAAUAUUUGAAAAAAUAAAUAUUCAGCCGUGUUGGAUCACUGCAGUUAAACACCUGUUAAACCUGUCUGUUGAACUUAAUUUGAAUAAUUUGGUUAAGAUAAUAUAGGAGUUAAGGGUGUUUACAGGUUUCCUAACAGGUUCUUGUUAGCUUGUUUGGCAUCAAUGAAGUUUAAAAAACUUAAUUAUUAUUUAUUAAGAGUUGAACACUUAAAAGUUCAGUUAAUCUGUUCUGGCAGUCUGGAACCUCUCAGUUCAUUUUAGAUUUUCAAGGAGGCAUUAUCAUGGAUGUAUUGAGCUGUUAUCAACGAUGCAGACCAAAAUGCCUCUGCACGCAAUUGAAUUGACCUACAAUCAAUCAGAGCAACGAAACAAGCAAGUUGGGGUGGUGCUUGGUCCGUUUUGAAGCAGGAAAAAAACAGCGGCCAGGUCACAGUAACAAAAUCUUAAUUCAUAUUUCAUCAGCACCGCCUACUUUGACAGUUUGAUCUGAGUUUCGUUGCCUUGGUGCAUUGCGCUGGACAGUAUCCAAGUUACGUCCAGUUACCAGGCUCCCAGGAAGUGCACCGGGUGUUGAAGCAAAUUGAACAUAGUGGCCAAACAGUGGAAUUACAACUCCCGGCCCGUCACGUGAUGUUCUCUGGCC